AUGGCCUCAGCUUGGACACAAACCCCACCAUGGAUCUGGUUGCCGACCCAUAGUGAGGACGAGAGCCAACCUGGUCGUUAUUAUCUGUUUCGAAAAACCUUCCAAUGGACUCAGCCCUACGGGCUUCGUGAGUUUCCAGUUCAUGUUUCGGCCGAUAGUCGAUAUCGUCUAUUUAUAAAUGGCCAGCGUGUCAGCUUUGGCCCUUGCAAGAGCUAUCCGGAACGUUGGUACUACGAGACAAUCGACAUUCUACCUUAUCUCACAGAAGGAGAAAAUGUCAUCAGUGCGCGCGUGUUGCGGUACUCUUGCGUCAACACCGGCUCUUCGUCGAUUAUCAGCACUGAAUUGCCUGGUCUCAUGGUUCAUGCCGAGAUUGAGCAGGGACUAUCGAUCUCUACGGAUCCUUCAUGGAAGUGCUUGCAAGAGACAAACCGCAAGAUUAUUCCUCACUCCGAGUGGAACUAUCUUUUGGGUCCACCCUUCAUGUCAAACAACGAGAGAGUAACAGAAGCCAAAACCCUCUCUGGUUGGAAGCGAGCAGCAUUCGAUGACACGACCUGGAAGUCCGCCAUCUUUCAAUUCCGCCCGGUGAAAAUGCUCCCAAUCCAACGUCCGUGGAAAUUGGAACCACGUCCUAUCCCAGAGCUUCCGGAGAUUCCUGGAAGAUUUGAUGGAAUUGUAGAAUGCGAGGGAUCCCUCACAAACACGCAGUGGAAUGGUUUCAUCAAAGGAGAUGGGGACUUGAUUGUACCUGCUGGGGAGACUGUCAGCGUCGACAUCGAAUGCGCAUCUUUGACUACAGCGUUUGUCAACUUUCAAUGCGGCGCAGGAUUGGGAUCAAUUAUCACAUUCCUAUAUUCCGAAUGCUACGAGAAAGAUCUUGGAGUCGAAAUUGCUCCUUUCCCUAUGCCAAGGACCAAACUGCUCAGAUCGGACUCUAACGGCCGGCUUUAUGGAGUUAAAGAUAUCUAUACAGUGGCCGAUGGCCAAACAGAGCAAACUUUCGAACCAUUUUGGUUCCGAGCAUUCCGAUAUGUUCAAUUGCAUAUCCAGACUUCAUCUCAACCCCUCACACUUAAGGGUUUCACUCUCCGCGAGACUUCCUAUCCAUUGGAUAUCUCCACUGAAAUCCAGGCUGGGCCAGAACUCAAUAAGAUCUGGGAUGUCAGUUUACGUACUCUCCAAAAUUGCCGACAUGAGACGUACGAGGAUUGCCCUUUCUACGAGCAAAAUCAGUUUGCAUCUGAUUCUCGACUACAGAUGCUUUUCACAUAUCAAGUAUCAUCAGAUGAUCGACUUGCCCGGAAAACCCUGGAAGAGUUUCAUGCCAGCCAGACUCCUGAUGGUUUGAUCAAGGCACAGUUCCCGGCCGGUUUCAAGAGUAAACAAAUUCCUCAGUUCUCACUAUACUGGGUUGCAAUGGUAUGGGAUCACAUGAAAUACUUCGCGGACAAGAAGGUUGUGCGGCGGUACUUGAGCACCGUCGACGGAAUUCUCAACCACUUCGACGAGCGAAUUAAUGAUCUCGGGCUAGUUGGUCGAUUCGAGGAAGAUACAUGGCCCUUCAUAGACUGGGUAUCUCAAUGGUCAGUCCCAGGGAAAAUCUUUGAAUCCUGCAUGCCGCAAUCGUACACCAAAACAGGCGCUGCAACGUUCAACAGUCUCCUUUACAUUGUUGCCCUCAUGCAGGCUGCUGAUUUAUGCAAAUUCAUGGGGAGAACGGAUACCGCUUCCGAAUAUUCCUCCCGAGCACAAGCUCUCCGAGAUGCUGUGAAUAAGCAUUGCUUUGACGAUUCUCUUUACCUGGAUGGUCCAUCAACAAAGGAAUACAGCCAGCAUAGUCAAGUGUUUGCUGUUCUUUCCGAGACUAUCACGGGUACAGCAGCUCGAGAGUUAAUGGUUCGCGCAAUGUACAAUUCUUCGCUGGUGCAAUGUUCCAGUGCUCUACAAUUUUAUGUGUUCCGAGCCGUGGAGAAAGUCGGUCUCUACAACAAGAUGUUCCCCACUCUUCUAGAUCCAUGGCGACGUAUGCUGGCGGAUGAUUUGACGACAUGGGCUGAGUUUGAGAAGAAUCCUCGGAGUGACUGCCAUGGGUGGAGUGCCUGCCCAGUCAACGAAAUCGUUACCCAGUUGUAUGGUAUAAGGCCGGCUAGGCCGGGCUUCAAGCAUCUGCGCAUCGAGCCCCAAAUGGACCUUCUUCCGACAGCGGAGGGAACCUUUGUCACUCCUAUCGCGAAGAUCAAAUUGAAGUGGACAGAGGAUGGGAACCUAGAAGUCCAGCUUUCUACCGACGUUGAGGCCGAGGUCGUAUUUGGCGGCUCUGUAUAUAUUGUUCAAUUUGUGGCUGGGAGGACAGUCUCUUUUCUCAAAGAGACGGAGUCUAUGGUCAUUAUCUGA